GAGUACCAAUCCCCACCAAUACCAAGCACAGAAGCAGGUUGCGCCUUUGACGCAUUUUUAGAGAAAGAGAGAGAGAAAGAGAGAGAGAGAGAGAGGGAGAGGAGUUUGAAGGGGAAGCAGCAAAGCAAGGGCUUGAAAUCGAUAUCUUUUAGCAUUUGGUAAGGGUUUCGAAUCGCCACGCCCUGUCGAUUUCUGCAAUACCUCUUCUCACGGUGGCGGCGGCGGCGGUGGUGGUGGAGAGUCCUCCGUGAUUCGGCUUGGCGGUGGUGAGUUUUGAAUCGAAGAAAUCCUAUGGCGUAUAGAAGAAAGCAGGUAGGGCCAAGCAGUUGGACCUUCAAUGAAGAAUUUGGGAGCCCUCAAAUUGGUCCGUCGCCUACUCCGCCGCCGAAUGAAAGCUUGUCGCCGUCCUCCGCCUCUUCUCUGGCUGCCAAAGCCAUCAGAGCAUCGUCCGCCUAUCGCGACUCCUCUCUCUCCUCCGCUUAUGGCCAUUCCACUCUCUCCCCCUCCCGAGACCCCAACCUUUCUAGAUCUCCUCCUCCCUCGGCGCCAAAGGAUUCAAACACUUAUGAGUAUACAUCAAUGAAAAGUUUGAGUGAACCUAAACAUGGAUUUUGGGGAGUUCUUGCAAGGAAAGCUAAAGCCAUUCUCGAUGAUGAUAAUGCAGCCCAACAAUCUGAAACACCUGGAAGAAUGAGACCGCAGAUGUCUGGUACAGAGACAAGGGGACAGUAUCAUAAUCCAUAUCAUUCACCUGAGAGCCAUCGAAAGAGAGAAAAUCCUGCAUUACAGAAAGGCCUAGGUGCAAUUACAUCUUCCCUAAGUUAUAUUGGUGGCACCAUUGGUAAUGCCUUCGAGGAGGGUCGUAAUAUUGUAGAGAACCGGACUGCAGACAUCAUUCAAGAAACUCGCAAGCUGCAAAUAAGGAAAAAAGGUAGCAAUUCUGAAAAGCAGAAUCAAAUGCCGAAUGUUGGUUCUACACGGCAACAACCCUUAAUGCAGACCCAUAUGCAACCCCAGAUGCAUACUGAUCUUGAAAUCCAACUGAAGGCAUCUCGCGACGUUGCCAUGGCAAUGGCUACCAAAGCAAAGCUUCUUCUUCGUGAGCUGAAGACAGUCAAAGCAGACCUAGCUUUUGCAAAGGAGCGUUGUGCUCAGCUGGAAGAAGAAAAUAGAAUUGUCAGAGAGAGUCUUGAAAAGGGAGUUAAUCCGGAAGAUGAUGAUUUGAUACGGCUUCAACUUGAGACACUUCUGGCAGAGAAAGCUCGAUUGGCACAGGAAAACUCAGUCUUUGCACGGGAGAACCGUUUCCUAAGAGAGAUUGUUGAAUACCACCAGCUAACCAUGCAGGAUGUUGUGUACUUCGAUGAGGGCAAUGAAGAGGUUAAAGAAGUCUACUCCCCCAUCACGGUAUCUCCAGUGAGCAAUACACAUUCCAUUGACACAAUACAAACUUCAGCCCCAUCUUCCUCCCCAAGAGUACAAGCAAUCCAUGAUGUUUCUCCAAUAGUUACCCCCUUAAGCUCCUUUAUUGACAUGUCCGAGGAGGAAGAUUUGGAAAAACUCUCUCAUCGUGCGUGAAUACUGCUGGCCCCUCUCUCUUUUUUCAAACCAAGGACAAGAAACAACAUAUGGGGUUAGGAGUUGGGUGAAGAUGAAGUUGGUUCACAGAGGACUCAAACCCAAGCCAUAGACACUGUCAAUAGCCCAGCCUUGCCACUUGAGCUCGGUCCAUGGCAUAUCCUAGUUUACUUUUAUGUUGUGAUAUUGCAGGACGGCUUCAACUUUCAAAUCUCUUGAGGAAUGAAAUGCCCUUCUCAUGUAUUCUCUGUAACACAUGCUAGUUGUACUUCUGAUGAGAUGAAGUUCUUGCUUUGACCAGAAAUGUUUUUCUUUCUUUUUCUCUCUUUUAAUUAGAGAGAUUCUUUGGUCAUGGCUAUUGCCAAUGCAACCAGUUCCAGUUGUGUUCAAUGUGAUUGUUGCACUGGUUGCUGUAAGACAACAUUUUAUUGUUUUGGCAAUGUUUUGCUUCUUUGUUUUCCUC